AUGGCAAAAGCGAAAGCGAAGGCGCCCGUGGCGACGCAGUUCAAGCGGCUUGGAGCAAAGAAGCAGAAGCGGAAGACCCGGAGCUCAGUGGAGAUUGCUCGGCCAUGGACGACGCCGCAAUUUGAGGAACUGGCCAAGGAGGAUCGUGAUAUUGUGCUGGAUAGACUUCAGAAGGAGGUGGCUGAAGUACCGACCACUCUUAGCCGUACAGUGCGAGGCGUGAACCAAGUGGCCCGAGCAUUGGCCAGACGUGAAGUCAAAGUGGUGGUCUUCGCGAACAAUCCUGAGUCGCUGGCGUUCGGCCACCUGCCGCUACUCUGCAGACUGCACCAGGUGCCUAUUUGCGUGCUCCAUUUGUCAUCCAAGACGUUCGGCAGGAUCUUUAAGCUCAAGAGUAUGGUGGCCAUCGGAAUUAGAGCUCCACCGCUGCAAAUAACAGAAGCAGAGCAGAAGAAGAUCGAUAGUAUCACAAAGUUUUUGAUCUCCAAGGCCAGUAAGCGGACAUCGUGA